AUGAUCGGUGGGAUUGAUGAAGUCUUCACACUGGAUGACCUUCAUCUCUCCCGCUUCUUGACCAGAAAGAAAGAUCCGCCCAGGGCACGCAGUAAGAUUGCUGCCACGUAUCUGGGCCAAAAACAGAGAGAGAGAGAGAGAGAGAGAGACGGGGGCAAACAAACAAAACAGCUUUAGAAAACAUGGACCCUCUCCACGUGAAUCAAUAUUCUAGCCUUGUCCUAACUGUUGAGCAAUGAGGCCAACUCAGAAAAAGAGAGAGGGAAAGAAAGUGGGUAAGAGAGAGGGAGGGGUGAGGGGUGUCAUCGUUUGGGCAAAAGCUGUGUUAAAUAGUGAAGUAACCUGGCUCUGAGUAUCACACACCAGGCAUUUGGACGGACAUUUGAGGUAAGUGUUGAACAACUGUUUAUUAAGAUGCAUAUUAAAAUAUUAAUUGUUUAUUUUUAAUGUAAGCUGUGGGUGAGUAAACUAUUGAAAUGACAUUAUAGUUAGAUAACAGAGAACAUCGAGGGUGGUAAAAAUGUCAUUUUCUACUUCAUAGCUGUCUGAUAAAUGAUUGGAAAAUGAUCAGUCAAUACUACAACUUUGGACUAUAAAAUACUUUGUUCUUCUCCACAUCAAAACUCACAUCCGUCUGAUGAAGACAGACAACCAAUUAUAUUCAAAAAUAAUAUGAGACAUUUAUGAAAAGUCAAAGAAAAGUGAAGAGGCAUACUAACUGCUUUACAAACUUCUUAGGGCCGGGACCCCUUUUGUGAUUGCAAAUUCAUCAGGGACCCACUCAUAAUCAGAAUACAACUCGAGUGAGACAAAUAAAUUAUAGCAAACAAUAAGUUUUACUACGACUUCGGCAGUGUAUGGUCAGACGAACCAAGUCAUGGCCUUGGGAUGGAACAUUUAAAAGACCUGCUUCUUGGCGUUGGAUAAUGUUUUGGGGAGUUUUCAAGCAAUUCCUGCAAUUCUACACAUUUUGUCAUGGGGCAGAGAUAUUUUGUUAUUGCAGCUAUAAAGCUAAUAUGCAAUUCUACAAAUAUGUCAUGCAAUGAGGCAAAGAGAAAAUUGAGCAGUUUUAAACCUUAAAUUACAUUUAUGUAAAAUAAAAUAUUGGGGUGAAUACAUGAAGUAUUGAGAUGAAAAAUGUAUAAUUGGUUGAGUAUUGUGGAUACCAAUAUCUCUGUAAACCUCCCAGGCCCAUGUUGCCCAGGGUUAAGAACAUAAAUUGUAGAUUAAUAAUAUGACCUUGUUUUCUAUUGUAUUGCACCCUCUAAACCUAUUCCACGGAUCCCUUGGCCAAAAUUAAUUUAAUCUGUUGUUGUUAUUAAUAUUCUUUGUGUACCCCACUUUGAGAACCCCUGACAUAGACAACAUGAUAUUCAGGAAAGCACAUUGCUGUAUUUGUUUUGAAGGACAUAAUGCAGCAGCAAAGAGGGCUUAGCUAGAGAGCUAGAGUUGGCAAAAAGCCAGUUGGAGUGUUUGCCCCUUCGCAUGUUGUGAUUAAUUCCUUCAAUGACAGACCAAGCCAAAGCGAAUCGUUUAACAACCACAUUGGUUUUGACAAAUAACAAAUGUUGAGUAAAAGUUUACGCAAAUGUGCUAUUUAAAAAAACAUUGAUUUUGACUAACUGUGUUCCUCAAUGUCUUCCCCAGAUUCCUGUGUGCGGCUGUAUUGGAGUAGAACUCUCACAGGUAAAAUGAUGCAUCCUAAGAUGAAGUGGCUGUUUCUGAUCCAACUACUGCUGAUUGAACAGGCUCUGUGCAGGACACCAACUCCCCCUGCUCUGAAGAACACUCUCUUAGGGGAGGGGGACACUAUCAAAAAGGGGCAGCAGUUGCUCAUUGGGUCCCAGACCCAGCUUAGUCUUCCAUCAGGUGCAGCGGAGAGUGCGGCCCCUGAAGAGUGGGUGGUGCAGGAUGAGGCCAGGGCCCAGUCUGCCCAGCGUGUCGUCACCACACUGAAGGCUAAGCUGCAGGGCCGAAUCCUCAUCCAGGCCAACACCAGCUGUGAAGAGCUGCUGUCUGCCUCCACCCUGCAGGACCUCUCCUCCACCCUGUUCCCCCGGGAGCUCCUGGGCCUCUCCCUGGUGCCGGUGCUGGUGGUGGCAGGCUGUCCCCGGGAGGCCCAGACCCUGGUGCUCAGGCUGUACAACCUGCUGGGGGUGGAGGACACUGAGGAGCUCCUCAUAGAGGUGGAGAGUCUGAUGGCGAGGGGAGCACCCCACCCCAGAGCCACAACACCCCAUGCCUCACAUGUAGGGAAGAUCCAAGCAGAGCGCCACCUCCGGGCAGUGAUGUUCAACAUCCAGCAGCUGGCCAGGGCAGGGGAGGGCCGUAGGGGGCAUGGGGCCUCUAGAAAGGGGAAGCAAGAGGAGCAGUGUCAGGGCUGGACCAGGGUGAAUGGGACCCUGCUGUUGGGGAAUGUGAUGGAGGGAGCCACAGGGGGGCUGGAGGAGGCGGUAAGGGCCUGUGAGAGCCUGGGGUCCCAGUGUGCGGGUGUGUCCCAUAACAGAGGGCAGUACCAGGCAGUUCUGAAGCCAGGCAGCCGGGUGGUGCCCACUGAGGACUCUGACUCAGAAUGCUGGAUUCGACAGUGCCAGGUGCAGGAGGAGAAGUCACCUGUGGCCUCAGGGCGGCGGGCACGGCGCAGCCCCCAGCGGAACUGCGUCAACAAGAAGGAGGAGCGCGUGUACAACGUGGUGGAGUGGAUCCCUGUUGUCAGCACCCUUUACAACCUGGGCACAGCCGUCUACUACACCUCUGUCAACUGCUCCGAGAUGGCCAAGGAGAGAGCCAUCCUCAGUGCCGUCGACCUGGGCACAGAUGCCCUCAUGGCCGUCACUGGGGGAACGGUGGGCGUGGCGGGCUACGUUGCCGGGGCAGGGGUGAAGACGGGGGUGAAGGCUGGGAUCAAGUACCUGCUGUCCUCCAUGAAGCAACAGGAGGACCUGAUAGUUAAUGAGUACAGUUGGGAGGAGGGAGUCAUUACCAUACAGUAAACAGCCAGUAGCCUGGUAGGUAGCCAGAUAUGAUUUUGCUUCAGCCAAUGGCAGCAUAAAGAGAUGUUGCGACCAGGAAGUGGUCUCAGGGAACUCCUGAGUCAACCCUCUCAUACCACCUUGACCUCUCCUCCACCCCAUCCUCUCAACCCAAACCCCUCCUCUCCUCCUUCAGUACUAUUGAUCAGGUCAGACUCAAUUUCCACCUCUGAUACUUCAAGUGCAGGGACUAUUGUAACGGUACUACCUUUCAGUUGAUGUGUUGUUGUUCUGCCUCCUCUGGAAACAGAUGGUGCAAAAUUCAAGCUGGCUAUUUGUAAAAAUGUAAACUCAUUGAUUUAUAAGCAACUUUUCAUUGCCAUGAAAGUGUGCAACUGCCCUUGAACAAAAAUCAUUGAUUGAUUAAAUGAUAAUUCUAGAUAGUUGUUUUUUUACGACUACCUUUGAGUGUCUUCUUUGACCAAAUCCAGAACAUCAUUAUAUCAGGUAAGAAUUAUUGUACUAAUGAGUCAUGACUGAUUGAAUAUAAACUUUUAGCUUAGUCAUUGCAAAGGAACUCACAACACUUUUCCAGAGCCUUUCAGUGUGUUUACCAUGUUAAUUCCUUAGUCGAGGAACUUGAAGCUCUCGACCCGC